AUGGCCCACGAGCUCGUGAGUCCACACUGCUCGUCCUGGUCCUUCAGCAGCAGCUUCAGCCUCAACACCAAGCUCGACGCGGCCUCCACAGUCACAGCCAACGACGAUGGAGAAUUCUACGAGGCGGCGUUGUCCCCACUACCCACAGUCCACGAGCAGGAGCUGCACCACCGAUCCCAUCGAGCGGUGUCUCUACUGGUCAACUACUUCGCGGCGGGGCUGUUCCACGGGGUGGUGCCCGCUCUGGUCUACCCUCUGUUCAAGGUCCGUCUGGGGCUGCAGGGCUACCAGGCCAACGCCACGCAGACGCUGCUCGGUUGUGCGUGGCACGGGAAGAUUCUACUCUGUCUGCUGACGGACUGCAUGCCGAUCUACGGGCGCAGACGCACACCCUACCUCUAUGUCGGCUGGGCGCUGGUGCUGCUGAUCUUCGGGCUCAUGUUGGUACUCCACCCCGACUUGGAAGGGGGCAAUGGUGACGCUACAGACGCACCGAGGCUUGUGUUGGUGAUCUCUGCGGUGUCCGUGGGGUAUCUGCUGGUCGACGCAGCGUGUGACGGUCUGAUGGUGGAAACGGUGCAUCGCGACAGUCAGAUUGAAGAGCAGAACGUGUUCCGGUCCUCGAGGCUCUCGCAGAGUGCAGUGCAUGCUGUGAGGUUCAUCGCUGAGCUGUUGGGCACGACGCUUGUCGCGGUUGGAUUGAACUCGAAGGAGUACGGCGGUGGAUUUGCGUUCGAGCUCUCCCUCAAGGCCGUCUUCAGUAUACUAAUCGUAGUUGCAGUGGUUGCGUUGGGUGCCACGACGUGGGGAUUCCAAGAGGACAUCAACAGCGAACGAAUGGGGAGUGUUGACGCCGUUCCGAUGGCUGUAGCGGCCCCGAGUCUGCGCUCGAGGCUCGGCGAGUUCUGGCGCAUCAUGCAGCAGCGCGCGACAUGGCAGAUCGCGGCCUUCGGCUUCCUGCAGAAGCUGUGUAUGUCCUUCGGGAUGGACUCGGCCUCGCCCUCCCAGGCCGUCCACGAGUUCUGGCUGCACACAGACCCGUUCACGAAGAACCUCUUCCUAGCACUCUCCAGUGGCGGCGUCUGCGUCGCCGCGUCCAUCUUCGUGCACCGCUGUCUUCUGUCGAGAAGCUGGCACUCGUCCGUCUUCGUUGCUCUGCUUGGAGGGCUCGUUAUCGGCUUCCCAGUGGUGAUGACGGUGGUCUUUGACGUGUGGAGGAACAAGUUUCUCUUCCUGAUCGCCACGCAGAUCGUCAGCUUCGCCGACUGUGUCGCUAUGGUCGUGCGCAUGCUCGUGGUGGUGGAGAUCGCAGAGCCUGGCUUCGAGAGCAGCACGUACGGUCUGGUGACGUCCGUCUACAACCUCGCGGACCCUGUCGCGACUGCUCUGAGCAAUGGAAUGGGAGCCCACUUCAGUGUCUUUGACGUCGACAUCGAGCAGGACUCGGACGAAGUUCGAAUGAGAGUGGGGGCGCUCUUCGCUGUGUUGUUCAGUGUACGAGCGUUGGUAUGUCUGGGGACUCUGCCGUUGCUGCCCGGACAGAAGCGCGAUGCUCGGGAACUGAAGGCCAGGGGCGGAUCGAGCAAGGUCAUGGCGUUGUCCGUGUUCUCCACUAUUGGGAUCGCCUUCUGCGCAGCUCUUACUGCCAACUUCCUCUCAAUAUUCAAGAGCACCUCGUGUCUAAUGGUUGCUGGUGGCCCCGGCUGCUAA